AUGGCGGAAGAAGUGCCAUCGGCGUCUGCCGACCCUCAAGCGCCAUUCGAAACCCCCGACCCGGCGCAGACAACCCAGCAAACCGCAUCACUCGAUCAGAUCCGGAGUAUGUUGAAGGCCAAAGAUGAUACCUCAAGAUUCGUUGGCUUAGCUUUGUUGAAAAGUCUGCUCGACAACUCUGAAGAGCUGCGUAAUGAUGCCGGUACCGUCUUGGGUCUCUGGGAGUCCAUCUCCCCGAAGUUUCUGGAUCGGCUAGUGAGGACAGGGUCUUCGGCCCAGUCAACCCAGCAGGACGCAAAGAACAUGGUUGAUCUCGCAGUCUCAGUGAUACAUACUUUUGCUUUGCUCCUACCGGAGCAGUCAAAGAGAGACAAGAGAUUUGUUGGGAGGCUGCCUCUUCUGGUCUCCAGCUUGUUGCAGAGCUCCGAGGAGACAUCUAAGUUGAUUAUUCAGACGAUACUUACCAUUGUUGUCUUUCCAGAAGGCGCCAAAUCUUUUUUUGAGGUUGAGGAUGUUAGUCCCUUGGUCGAAAUCGCACCAAACAACCCAUCGGCUCUCGAAAUUUUCGCGUUUGCUUGGAUCAACUGCAUGGAUCUAGCAGAGGACAAAACAGUCAUGAAGACAAAGAUAGAUGGGACAAUACAAGCCCUCGUUUCGACCUUCACCGGCACCGACGGUGUCACUCUUCUCGAGUUCCUGGGCAAAUUUCUUCGGAAUUCAGACCCCAAGGCCCUCCCUUCAAGCCCAAAGUGGAUCAAAUCAGUUGUUGACUUCAUCAAGAAGCUCCUCACCAGCAGGCCUACUCCAGAAGCUAGGAACGCCUACACCAUCGCCGCUGCAUCUUUGCUCGAGGUGUACCCUGCUGAAGCGUCAAAGCUGCUCUUCACAAGCGAUGUGAAAGAAGACAAACCUUUUUCGUACCUGUUCAUUACCCUUCUCCUUACCGACACAAGAGCUACACUGCCGCGACUACUCGAGCUUCUCAAUGACCCUACAUAUCCAGCCAUUGCACAACGUUUGGGAUCAGCGUUCGAUGUCACAACUCACUUUAUCGGAUAUCUUGUGAGAAGUCUUGACGAUGAGAUGUUAUCGCCCGCGAACAUGGUCAUGCCUCCAGACUUUCUGCUCAAGAUUCGCCGGACCAUUGCGGAAGCCAUGUCUCUCGCCAUCGAGUUCCUCCGAGACAGAUGGGACGCGUCCGUGGCAGGAACUUUUGGCUUGCACCCUGAUGCGCGAACAAAGGAGACAGACACCUCCAUGGGCAAGAGACUGACAAUCUCUUGGGAGUCGAAGAAGGAUAACAUCCACGAGGACCCCCUGAUUCUCGCAGCUAUCAGAGCUUUGUCGCUCUGGCUUCGUGAAGAUGACAACGACCUCUUGAGGAAGGAGGCAGCAGGUUUGACGGACAUGCUCAUUGACCUCUACAAAGCAAGCUCCCCGGCAAGACUCGACUUUCGCUCCCCGAUCCUGGUAGGCUUGGAGGGUAUCCUUGUCGAGAAGGCAGGUCUGGAGGAAUUCACCACGCACAACGGCUGGGAGGCUCUGACCCAGGACCUUCUGACGAUACUGCAGCACAUAUCGACGGUAAGCGAUGAGAACGAGGCCGCACGCGCAAUUGAGAUUGUUCGCAUUCUAUUGCCCAUCGUCGAGAGCGAGGAAACCGGGUCAAGGGAGGACUGGAUGGCUCUUGUCACCUUUGUGGCCGCUUGGGAUGCGCCAGAGGUCGAACAGCCGCUCCUCGUCCAGGAGGCCCAGAUUGCGGUUCUUCAGCUCACAACCGCUCUGCUCGUUGGAGCGCCGGAGGGGAUGAAGAGGCGAUACGUUCACUCCACCAGCGCCAUCCUCGGCAUAGCCGCGCGGUUAGAGAAGCAUAUAGGCGUUGACCACCCAUUGAGGGAGUCUUUGGUCGAUGUUUUGCAAACCCUAGGUAGAUUCCGCUAG